AUGGGUUCUAGCAGUAGCAAACAAAAUGCACCUGACCCGUCAGCAACCAAUAAUUCUGCAAUAUCAUCGUCUUCUUCAGCUGUUGUUCGAAGGAGUCAUCGAUCUUGUAGAAGUAGAGGUUUACAAGCUUCUUGUCUCCGAUCUCACCAUUCUGAAAUCAAUGAAACUCAGGUGUCUGUUCGUCAGAAUGGAGAAAGCCGUAAGAAUGUUCAUGCUGUAAGUGAGAUUAAAUCGGACUCAAAUGAAGUUCCAGCUGAAUGUGACCGCAGUGAUAAAGUUGAGUCGGCUGAGGAAAUGAACUAUGUGACCUCCAAUGUUGAGCUCAAUGACUGGGCUGAAACAAGCUUCUCUCAUACUGUGUCUCGAGAAGGUGGUUCUUCUCAAGCUUUCACCUCUCGAUUACUGAACCCUACAAGCCGAUUACUUUCUCGCUGCAGUUUCUAUCCUGGUAAUCUGAGCUUCCGGUUAAGCAGAUCAAGCAGUUUAGGAUCCUCCAGAGCUUAUCCUGCAUCUUCAACAAGCUUCACAAUUUCAAACAAUGGAGACCACUCAAGCCACAUUGGUAGAAUGAUGAAUAGAAAUGAGAGGUCAAAAGGUUGUGACUUCUUACCAGCAUGCUUCAGCAAUCAACCUCCUGUAUUGCGGCAUGAAGAUUUACCAACUAGUAACUUACAGUUCAGUCCUCCAACUACUAAUUUCUCUGAUAGUUUGCAAGAUACUCAACAUAUUAGAGCUAGUCAAAAUGCAUUGAUACAUAGAGAUGAUACACAGACAGAGUGUACUCCGAGUUUUUUCUCUCCUGAAAAUGUUUCUAACAUUGAGGGGACUGGAAUAAGACAUGUUGAUAGUCGGAUUGCAGCUCGAGAACCCAUAGAGAGGAAUGUUCGAUUUAGUAGAACACUAAGUGUUGGUAGACUUCGUGACAGAGUUCUUCGUCGAUCAUCAGUUCCUGAUAUGGGUUUAUAUACUUCAAAGCAAGACAGGGAAGUAAGACAUGCUAGUCAAGUUACUGAGAGACGGGAUUUAGGUCAUGAAUCAGGACUAGCAAUGUCUGAAGAAAAUGUCUUUGCAGCCUCAAACUCAUCUAGUCAUGCGCUGUCCAUUAUGUCUAGCUCUUCUUAUAGAAGUCAAAAUAAUGAAUUUGAAACUUCACGAGCAAGAGAGACGAGAUAUCACGAACUCCUGGAGCAUAGAUCAAAUUUCCUUGAGCGCAGAAGAAGAAUAAGAUCUCAGGUACGUGCUCUUCAGCGACUGGGAAGCCGUUUUGAGAAUUUCUCUGGCCAUGGGAGGUCUUGCAUCUUAUCUGGCCAACAUCGAACAGGUUAUUGCACUUGCCGGAUUACCAGUCGAGAUGCUAAUCCAAAUGAUGACAAUAAUGCUAGGGCUAGCAUAUCAAGAAUUGUUAUGUUAGCUGAAGCAUUGUUUGAGGUUCUGGAUGAAAUUCACCAGCAAUCUGUAGUCUUAUUGUCUCGACCUUCUGUGUCUUCCAUUGGAUCUGUUCCUGCACCAAUUGAAGUUGUGGAAUCCCUGCCUUUGAAGCUAUUCAGUAAAUCGAAAAAACAUCUAAGUGAAGAAGCUGCACAAUGUUACAUAUGCCUUGUUGAGUACGAGGAAGAAGAUACUGUGCGGACACUGCCAUGCCACCAUGAAUUUCAUAGAACAUGUAUUGAUAAAUGGCUCAAGGAAAUUCACAGGGUAUGCCCACUUUGUAGACGGGAUAUAUGCAGACCUAAUCCAUUAAUCAAUGGAGUAAGCGCCUCCUUAUAG